UCAAAAAUGACCGCACCCGAGCCACUCGGCGAUACGCAGCGACACCGGCUCCUCCAGUCGGCGCUCGACGCCCGCCAGCUCUCGUACUCGCCCUACAGCCACUUUCGCGUGGGCGCGAGCCUGCUGCUGACCGGCGACAGCGACAGCAACGGCAACGACGAUGGCGACGCGAGCGCGGCGACGCUGGUGCAGGGCGCCAAUGUCGAGAAUGCGUCGUACCCCGCGGGCAUCUGUGCGGAGCGCGCUGCGUUCAUGAAGGCCGUCACGGCCAGUCCGGCCAGUGCGACGGGCCAGGUCGGCAUCCGGGCCAUUGCCGUCGCUGCUGACACCGAGGCGUGCUGUGCGCCCUGCGGCAUCUGCAGGCAGGUGAUGCGCGAGUUCUGCGAGCCAAAGAGCACCCUCGUCUACCUCAUCUCGGCCAACUGGACCCCCGCCAACGACGUCGAGGAGAAACACGCAGGCGGAUCUGCCUACACCUACCUCGUUCGCACGCUCGAAGAGCUGCUGCCCCUCUCCUUUGGGCCAGAGGAUCUCGGCGGCAAGAAGCGCGUCCCCUGAGCAGCAGGCAGAGAAGCAAAGAAAUAGCAUUUAUUCCACAA